AUGAAAAGUGAAAGCAAAAACAUUAUCACUAAUCUACCAACAACAUCGACAUCGACACAAACCACCACUUCUCCGACUCAAGAUACAACCACCACCUCCGAUAACAGUAAGAAACAGAUCGUUCCAAAAAUAGUUACCAAUACGAUAAUAGAUCACACUGGAAUUUCGCCUAUUCUUUUAUCCGUAAAUCUUGCAAAUUCAUCGCAACCUAGUCCUCUUUCGACCACUUCAACUAAAUAUACAGAAGAAAUAGCGCAAAUGCAAGUAGAUGACAAGAAUAAUACAAUAUCGGGGGAAGGACGAGAAGAGAGAACCGAAAUUUAUGUUGAGAAUCCAUUUGCAUUCAAUCCGUCACUCCUCUCUCGAUUAAUUGAUCCGAAAAAUAUAAAUUUACUUAGAAAAAUUGGUGGGGUUGAAGGCAUACUAAAAGGCCUGCACACUGAUUCUGAUUUAGGUCUAAGUACUGAUGAAAAAGCCCCCUUACCACCUAUAACGAUUGAUGAUAUUUCGAGUAAAGAUGAUGUUGAUGGUGACGAAUUUAAGCAAAAAGAUAAUAUUAAAGAUCUAGCUGGAAAAGCUGAUACAGAACCUAAAAAGGAAAGACAAUCAAAAAAAGAAAAAAAGGCCGCAUUGGCGAAUGCUGAAUUAACGAAAGAUGGAGCUCCUUUUUCACAGCGAAAACGUGUUUUCGGUGUUAAUGUAUUACCAACGAAAAAGACCAAAACUAUAUUCGAAUUAAUGUGGAUUGCAAUGCAAGAUAAAGUAUUGAUCAUCUUAACUGUUGCCGCAUUCGUGUCAUUAGGAUUAGGUUUGUAUGAAGAUUUUGGUCCUAACACAAAAGACACGAAUGAACCGAAAAUAAAAUGGGUGGAAGGUGUUGCUAUCGUAAUUGCUAUCGCGAUUGUUGUAAUGGUUGGCAGUAUAAAUGACUGGCAAAAAGAAAAACAAUUUCAACGCUUAAAUGCAAAAAAAGAAGAUCGUAAUGUCAAGGUGACACGUAAUGGAAAGGAAGUUCUUAUCUCAGUACAUGACGUUUUAGUUGGUGAUAUUUUACAUAUAGAGCCAGGUGAAAUUAUCGCGGUAGAUGGUGUCCUUAUAUCUGGCCAUAAUUUACGUUGCGAUGAAUCAGCUGCGACAGGUGAAAGUGAUGCAGUAAAAAAAUUAAGAUAUGAAGAAUGUUUAAGGAACUUUUCUGUUCAAGAAUCUACAAGUGAUGCGACGCAUCACUCAAAAGCCGACCCUUUCCUAAUAAGUGGUAGUAAGGUACUAGAAGGCGUUGGCAAAUAUGUCGUAAUUGCUGUCGGUCAAAAUUCAUUUUACGGACGAACCCUAAUGGCUCUAAGAACUGACUCGGGCAAUACGCCACUUCAGGAAAAAUUGAAUGGUCUGGCAGAAAGAAUUGCAAAGUUGGGAGGAGCUGCUGCUUUACUGAUGCUUAUAGUGUUACUGAUCAAAUACUUUGUGAAUUUUCGAAAUGGCAUACCAAAAGCAACUCAAGCUAUCGAGGAUUUAGUUGGAAUAAUUAUUUCAACAGUGACUAUAGUAGUCGUGGCAGUACCCGAAGGAUUACCUUUGGCAGUGACUCUAGCUCUGGCAUAUGCUACAACACGUAUGUUAAAGGAUAAUAAUCUUGUGCGUGUUCUAUCUGCAUGCGAAACGAUGGGAAAUGCAAACAUCAUUUGCUCCGACAAAACAGGAACACUUACACAAAAUAAGAUGACGGUUGUCGCCGGGACUAUUGGAAUUUCAACCGCGUUUGUCAGAGAUCACGAAGCACAUCUAGUAAACACACAGAAAAGUUCCACCGAAAAUUCAGUCGCUGUCGAUAAACCUAUUUCAAUGGCUGAUCUAACAGGAACACUUUCACCUGCCUUAAUUGAUAUAUUGAACCGAUCGAUUGCAAUUAAUUCAACCGCUUUUGAAGGUGUGGAUGAGGGUGGUGGAAAAACGUUCAUUGGAUCAAAAACCGAUACAGCUUUAUUAAGCUUUCUCAAUGAUUUAGAUCUGACUGACUAUGAAGAAUUAAGACGCAACGCUAAAAUAGUUCAAGUCUUUCCAUUUAGUUCGGAUCGAAAAUCGAUGGGUGUGGUUCUUAAAUUAUCAGAUUCAAAAUAUAGAUUUUACGUGAAAGGUGCUAGUGAAGUAUUAGUUAGACAGGCGGAAUCAAUAGUAGUUACAGAUUCCACAAAUGACACAGAAUUACGAGCUAUGAAAUUAUCACCCGAGAAUUUAAAUACUAUCCAGCAUAUAAUUAUGAAAUAUGCAAGUCAAACACUAAGAACAAUAGCAUUAGGUUAUCGGGAUUUUGAAGAAUGGCCCCCAAAAGGAACAAAGACUAAUAAAGAAGGAGAGGUGCCUUUCGAAGAAUUAGUAGCUAAGAUUAUACUUUUAGCAAUCGUUGGCAUUGAAGAUCCACUCAGAGAUGGAGUUCAUGAGGCCGUGCGGAGAUGUCAAAAAGCUGGCGUGUCUGUGGUAAUGGUCACCGGUGAUAAUGUUCUAACAGCUAAAUCGAUUGCAACGCAAUGUGGCAUAUAUAAACAAGGAGAUAUAGUGAUGGAAGGACCACAGUUUCGUAUUUUACCACCACAAGAAAUGGAAAGAAUAAUCCAAAGGCUUACAGUGCUUGCUAGAUCAAGUCCCGAGGACAAAAGAAUUCUUGUCGCAAAGCUAAAAGACCUUGGUCGUAUUGUAGCAGUAACUGGCGAUGGUACUAAUGAUGGCCCUGCAUUAAAAACUGCAGAUGUUGGAUUCUCGAUGGGCAUUGCCGGCACAGAAGUCGCUAAAGAAGCUUCCUCAAUUAUUCUGAUGGAUGAUAAUUUCUCGAGUAUUUUAAAGGCUAUUAUGUGGGGCAGAAGUGUAAAUGAUUCGGUGAAGAAGUUUUUACAAUUUCAAUUGACGGUGAACGUCACCGCAGUUCUCUUGACUUUCAUCUCGGCUGUUUCGAGCGGAAAUGAAACUUCAGUAUUAUCGGCGGUGCAGCUUUUAUGGGUAAAUCUUAUUAUGGACACUUUAGCUGCUUUAGCACUGGCCACUGAUCCACCAACGGAAGAACUAUUAGAUCGUGAACCAGAAGCUCGUAAUGCACCGUUGAUAUCGUUUGACAUGUGGAAAAUGAUCAUUGGUCAAAGCAUUUUCCAAUUAGUGAUCACCUUAAUAUUAUUGUAUGCUGGAAGUGACAUUUUGCAUUAUGGACACGAUCAAUUAAAAAGCUUGAUCUUUAAUGUAUUUGUAUUCUUGCAAAUAUUCAAUGAAGUCAAUUGUCGCCGACUUGAUAAUAAAUUGAAUAUAUUUAAAAAUGUCUUCGCCAACAAAUUUUUCAUGACGAUUUUCGUAAUCAUAUGUAUUGGACAAGUUUUAAUAAUUCAAUUCGGUGGCGCUGCUUUCCAAGUAAAUUCACUAAAUGGCGUUCAAUGGGCAAUAUCUCUUGGUCUUGGUUUUCUAUCAAUACCCUUUGGCGUAAUCAUCCGGCUAAUACCAAAUGAAGUAUUUUUGAUAUUUGGCUCUAAGCAACAACACAUAAGCACACUUCAAAAACCAGGCACAAUUUAUACCAACUCAUCUGCUGGGGGAACUACCCAGACUGGGGAGCCCAAACCUUCAUGGACUGACGUACAAAAGGAAUUAACGUUCUUUAAAGCAAUACGUGGUGGUCGUCUUCGAGCAUCAUCAUUAAGAGAUAAAGAUGAUUCACAUACUCUAUUUGCCGCAGUAACUAUAGUACCCAGUUUAAUUGCUGGCUCAGUUGGUGCUGGAUGGACAAAUCAUGCAAGCAAUAGUCCAAGCGAUAUUCAACUAGACUUAAGUUCUACAUGGUUUCCGUCUACAUCAGCGAGCGAGGAAUGA